AUGUCGGAGUCCAGGAUAUUUAGCUAUGUCAUGUACUAUGCCUACAGGGGCUACUCGCGGCACGUCCAGGCCAUCUGCGCGGACAACCUGAAUCGCCGGAACAAUGACCCGGUCCUUAGGUUCUGGAGGGCGUACGGUCUGGCCGCGGAGGGCAACACGAAGGAGGCCCUCACGGAGUUCACGGCGCUGCAGACCGCGCCGGGCGUCGACCUCGCGGCCACGGCCGCCGCGAUCGAGGUGCACCGGCAGCGGCAGAUCGUCGACAACAACAGCGUCGGCGAGCUGGACCUGCGCCUGGACACGCUCGACCGCGGCGCGGAGGGGCCCGCGCUGCUGCUCCUGGGGCGGUACAUGAGCCUCGCGGGGUCGCUCGAGCUCGCGCGGGGGAAGAUCGAGCGGGCGCUGCGCGGGGGCGACGUGGGCCCAGAGGCGUACGUCGCGCUGGGGUGGGUGCUGCUGCGGCAGGCCGAGGAGGGGGACGCGCUGAUGGACGACGAGGACUACUGCGGGGAGGCGAUCAAGCUGUUCGACAAGUGCAUCGCCAUGAGCGACGAGCGCGUGAUGCUCGACGCGCUCCUGGGCCGCGCGCUGUGCCUCGAGGUCAAGGGGCGCGUGCCGGACGCGUGCGAGGCGCUGUCGGAGCUCGCCUCGCUGUACGACUGGUUCACGCCCGCCCAGACGGAGCGCGCGCGGAUGCUCAUGUCGCUGUACGACUGGGAGGGCGCGACGGACCAGUGCCAUCGCGUCCUGCAGCACGAGGAGUACAACGUCGACGCGCUGUACCUCCUGACCGCGGGCCUCGUCGUGCGCGACGGGCGGUACACCUCGGCGGUCAAGCACGGCGAGGACCUCCAGCGCGCGCUCCAGCAGCGCGAGCCCCGCAACGCGCGGCUCCACAUGCGCGCCGCGCGCCUCCUGUCGCGCUGCGCCCUGCACAGUCAGCCCAUGCUGGCGCUGGCGACCAGCUUCGCGGACCGCGCGCGGAAGCUCGCGCCGGACGACUCCGGCGCGGCCACGCUGUACGGCCGCUGCCUGAUGAUGCAGGGCGACGCGGCCCGCGCGCUCGCGAGCUUCGACGCCGCGCUGAGCCGCGACGAGCUCAACCCGGACGCGAUGGCCGCCGCGGCGCUGUGCGAGCUGCAGCAGCGCCGCGUGGACGACGCCCGCGCGCGCAUCGAGCUCCUCCGCGAGGCGCCCGACCUCUCGCCGGGCCUCAAGGCCCGCACGCUGCACCUGGCCGCGCUGGCCACGUGGCUCGAGGGGCUGCCCAGCACGCAGUCGGCGCCGCUGCUGGAGGAGGCGUGCGUGGCGGCGCGGCAGGCCGCGGGGGGCGGCGGCGGCGCGCUGAGCCUCGAGGCCGUCGCGGACAUGGACCCGUCGAUGGUGGCCGACAUCUGCGGCCUGAUGCUGCAGCACUGCCCCGGGGACCCGCGGGCGCCGACGGAGCCGGUCUCGCCGCAGCUCGAGACGUGCCGGCGGAUGGUCGAGGGCGUGCUGAAGGCCGCGCCGGGCCUCGUGGCGCUGCAGGCCAUGGCGGCGCACAUGCUGUUCCUGGCCGGCGACAUGUCGGCGGCGGUGCGGCGGGCGACCGAGUCGCUGAACCUGGCGCCGGAGCUCACGCUCGCGCACAUGGUCAUCUUCAACGCGUACAUGCACGAGAACAAGGUCCCCGCGGCGCAGAAGGCCCUCGAGGGCGCCAUGGCGCAGGACUUUGGCAUCCGCACGACGGUGGCGUGGCACGUGGCGCAGGCGCGCGUGAUGCUCCACGACGGGCAGCACGCGCAGGCGAUCAAGUUCCUCACGCAGGCCGAGAAGAUGCCGGGCGUCCGCGUGCGCGGCGCGGGCUCGCCGUGCCUCCCGCCGCCGCUGCCCACGGGCCGCGCCGCCGCCGCGCCCGCCGCCGACGCCGGCGGCGGCUCGGGCAUGCACCUCCCCGUGACCAUCCAGGACCGCGCGCGCAUCGCCGCGCUGCUCGCCGAGGCCAACAGCGGCCUCGGGAAGGCCGCGGAGGCCCAGCGCAUCGUGCAGGCCGCGCGCCGCGAGUUCGAGGGCACGCCCGAGGAGUCCCGCAUCGCGCUGGCGUCCUGCCGGCUGCGCCUCGACCAGCGCGACGUCAAGGGCGCGCUCAAGGAGCUCGCGGGCGUCCCCGAGGAGUCGCCAAUGUUUCUGCGCGCGCGGAUGCAGAUGGCCGACAUCUACCUGCACCACCGGCGGGACCGCAAGGCGUACGUGGAGGUGUACGAGGACCUGGUGAAGAAGUACGGCAGCAAGCAGGCCUACAUGAUGCUCGGGGAGGCGUACCUGCAGAUCCGCGAGCCCGUCCCGGCGAUCAAGGCGCUGGAGCAGGCGCUGAAGCGCGACCCCCGGGACAGCGCGCUGGCGAUGCGGAUCGGCGGCGCGCUCGUGGCGACGCACGACUUCGAGACGGCGGUGGACUACUACGAGCGCGCGAUCAACGCCAACCCCACCUUCCUGCCGCUGAAGCAGGCGCUGGCCGACCUGUUCACGCGGCUGGGCAACCCCGAGGCCGCGAACGCGCUGCUGAAGCAGAUCCGCGAGGCCGGCGGGACGGGCGCGCAGCGGCUGAGCUCGCAGAUGCACGCGGUCAAGGCCACGCUGAUGAUGGCGCGCAUGAAGCGGCAGGAGGGCAAGGUGGACGAGUACCUGCAGCACCUGCAGCAGGCCGACGCGGAGCAGCUGGUCAUCAUCGAGGCGCUGCGGACGUCCGACCCGGAGCUCGUGCAGGAGCAGCGCGCCGCCGCGGCCGACAUCUGCCUGCAGGUGGCCGAGGAGCACCUGCGCUGCGGGCGCGUGGCCGCCGCCGAGGAGGCGCUCACCACCGCGCUCAAGCGCUCCGAGACGCACCAGGGCGCGGUGCUCGCGAUGGCGCGGAUGCGCCUCGGCCGCGGGGACGUGGCGGCGUGCCGGUCGGCGUGCCUGAAGGUCCUGGCCAAGGACGAGCACCACGUCGGCGCGUCGCUGCUGCUGUGCGAGGCGAUGCUGUGCGACCAGGAGCGCGACGCCGCGGCGCUCAAGUACGAGCAGCUCCUCGAGCGCCGCCGCGACGACUGGGAGGUCCUCUGCGCCGCGCUGCGCGGGUUCCGCCGCGCGGGGCGCCUGGCGCAGGCCAAGGAGGCGCUCCAGGCGGCGCUCAAGGCGCGCGUGCAGGCCGCGCACGAGCCGGGGUUCCUGUACUGCCAGGGGCUGUACCUGCGGUUCACCAACCAGCUCAGCGAGAGCCUCCAGGCGUUCAACCGGUGCCGGCACUCCCCCGAGUGGGGCCCGCGCGCCGUGUGCCAGAUGGCCGAGAUCUACCUCGACCCGGACAACUCGUCGCUGUGGGGCGGCAUGCAGGCGGAGGACGGCGCCGGCGCGCAGCGGGGCGCGCCCGACCGCGCGGGGCUCGAGGCGGGGAUCCAGGCGGCCAAGACGCUGAUGCAGUCGCUGACGCUGCCGCGGUGGAGGACGACGCUGCGGCACCGCGUGCUGGAGUGCUACGUGCUGAUGUCGUCGGGGGAGCAGGCCGACGUCGAGAAGGCGCUGUCCGACCUGCUCGACAUGGCGCAGAACGACCGCGACAACGUGACGGUGCUGCUGGCGAUGGCGUCGGCGUUCGUGUUCCUCAAGCAGAAGCCCAAGGCGCGCAACCAGCUGAAGAGGGUGUCGAAGAUCCCGUUCAACCCGGACGCGGCGGACGACUUCGAGCGCGCGUGGCUGCUCCUCGCCAACAUCUACGUCGGCGGCGGCAAGUUCGACCUCGCGCAGGAGCUGUGCGAGCGCUGCCUCAAGUACAACCGCUCCUGCUCCAACGCCUGGGACCUCCUCGGGCAGAUCCUCGAGCGCGAGGGGGCCUACAAGGACGCGGCGGAGCACUACCACAGCGCGUGGGAGCUGGAGAACCGGUCGAGCGCGUCCGCGGGGUACCGGCUGGCGUUCAACUACCUCAAGGCCGACCGCUGCGUGGAGGCCAUGGAGGUGUGCUACGAGGUGAUGAACCGGUUCCCGGACUUCCCGGGGAUCCGGGAGGACGUGCUGGAGAAGGCGUGGGCGGGCGUGCGGCCCUGA